CCAAAUUUAUAUAACAUGUAUAUUUUUUUUAACGAUUUUGCAGGUCUGAUCUACGGGUCCAACCGCGGCAGCCGCAAUCUCUCCUUAGAGGCCACCUCGCGUUUCUCCCUGUCCCAGUACAUGACGGACUGGUCAUUGGUGAGCUCGUCCAGGACCAGCAUGAUCGGAGAGAACGGACUCCUGGACACCCCGCCCACUGAUGGGGGAGGGGGAGGAGGAGGAGGAGGAGGGGGCGGAGUCACAGGACACAAGGAAGGGGCGGAGGAAAACGCCGGAGGGAUUGAUGAGACCUCAGAGUGGGCGCAGAUUGAGAGCAUCAUGGCAUCCUUCGGAGCAGGUCUGGUCCGGGAAUCGGUCUACAUCAGAGACUUCCAGAAGGAGUUUGAAAAAAUGUUUGAAGGUCCCACUAAACCUCAGAGUGUUGGGGGCUGGCUGGACAAUCUGGGCAUGGGGCAAUAUGAAAACAUGCUGAUUGCUAACGGGUUUGACAACUUGGACUUUAUGGGAGGAAGCAUUCUGGAGGAUUCUGACCUGAUUGAGAUGGGGGUCAUGGAGGAGCUGCAUCGUAAGAUCAUCCUGCAGUCCACCAGCGCCCUCCCAGUCAUGAAGACAAUCACUCAAAAAGGCAGCAUGCCCAGCUCUGUCUCGGAGUGGCUACGGAGCCUUCUCCUCAACGACUGCAUACCCAACUUCCUAGCCAACGGGAUCACCUCCAUGGAACGCGCUAUGGAACUCUGGGAAGUCGAGCUCGAAACCGUCCUUGAGGUUCACAUGUUGGGGCAUAGGAAGAGGAUACUUGCUUCGUUGGGUGAGCGAAGGCACAGCGUAGCCAGCAGUGGGGGCAGUAUACCCAGGCCUGACUCCCUGGAGCUCACCACUGAUGACCUGGAGUUGAAGCUGUCCUCCUUUGAGCGGCGCAAGCAGCUCUCCAGCACGGCCUCGGAGCAGUCCGCCUCCCUGGACAUCGACCUCUUCAAGGAUUACUCUAAGGAGGUGUCCACCCCCACCAAGCCUAAACCCUUCUCCGCCCUGGACACGCCCGCCACGGCCGACGCCCAAACAGGGCGGGAGCCAUCUCGGCAGCACUCGGACAUUGAGGACUAUGACAACAUGACUGCGUCAGAUAAGGUGACGAAUAGGGUGUCAGACAGAGUGACCGAGAGUGUGAGAGAUAGGCCGUCAGACAGGGUGGGGGACAGUGCGUCUAAUUCCGAGGAGGUGGAAAACGGACCAGUUUCCCCUGCUAUGCAAUGGAUGCAUCCACCAGAGGCACUCAUGAAGGGCUGUUGCAAUUACACUGCGUCGUAUCUUGGCUCGACGCUCGUGAAGGAAGUCAAAGGUUUGGACUCCACGCAGGAAUCCUGCUCUAAGCUGCGGCGAUCCGCCUCACACCUGCAGAAAGUCCCAUCCAUCACGCUGUCCAUCAGCUACCUGGGCGUCAAAUUCAUCGACUUCAAAUCUAAGUUGAUCAUCACGGAGCAUGAGAUUUGUAACAUAUCCUGCGUCACGCAGGACUCGGACGACCUGAGGACCUUUGCCUACAUCACCAAAGACAGCGAGAAUGAGAAGCUGUAUUGCCACGUGUUCAGCGUCAAGGUAGAGGACACGGCUACAGAGAUCAUCAUGACCUUGGGCCAGGCGUUUGAGAUCGCCUACCAGAUGCUCCUGAAAUCCCGGCCAGGAUCCCUGGAACACACCCGGCAGUUGUCCAACACCUCGGAACACGACCACAACACCAAAUUAUGAGGACCAACCUCAGGAAAACAACACUCUACUUUAACUCAUACUGAACACCCUCUUUCAAAUGCUAUUGUUGGAGUAAUCUCGUUAGCGAAUUGCAAACACAAAGAAACAGUGCCUUAAGCACGCAUUGAAAACUGGGUUGAGUUGUUUUAACUUUGUAUUUCAUUGGAGGGAAAACCCCUUCAUGAACCUCUUUCUUAGGGAACAUCUCAAAAGUCGGAACGUUCCCGUUCCGUAUGGAACCUACGAAAAAGUACCCAGUGCUCUCUCCAAAUGCUAUUGUUGGUGUAAUCUCAUUGGCAAAUUUCAAACAUAAAGAAACAGUGCCUUAAGCACGCAUUGAACACUGGGUUGAUUUGUUCUUAUCUUUGUAAAUCAUUGGAGAGAAAACCUCUACAUGAACCUCUUUCUUAGGGAACGUCUCAAAAAUCGGAACGUUCCCGUUCUGUAUGGAACCUUCCUUUGAGGAACAAUCAGGAAUGCGCUGUGUUUCCAGCGUGUUCCCAACUGGAGCAGGCCGUUCCUGAAGCGUGCACACGCAUAGACCAACGUUCCCAUGCGGGAUCACCUGGCGUUCCCGGGCUGUUCCCAUUGGGAGCAACGCAUGUUCCCACUUUGGAACGGGCGAUGUUCCCUGAUGGAACGUUCCAAGCGUUGCGACUUUGGAGACAUUCCCUCCAGUUCGCGCCGGGAUUAUUUUGACAUCGACCGGACCCAGGCGCAAGAUUUCACGAACCUCAAUGCCAGACGGGUCAGGCCGUCAUCUGCAGGUAGCACACCCCGAUAUUUCCGGCCUCGCUUGCUGCAAGCGGGUCGCUGACAGAUAUUUCCACACUCGUUCGUUGUGUGUAUUUCCGUCACCCGUUCCGAAUACCGCAAAACCUUUGCGUGUAUACACGUCAUCUGACAUGCACUGAUCAACCUUCUUUAUACCCAACGUAAGAUGUACUGAAUGCAAGGUCAUCUAUUGAACAUAGACAUUGACAAAACGGGGGAACCGCAAUCAUAGUGCUGGAUAGCUCAGUUGGUAGAGCACCGGAACGGCAAUCCGGAGGUCGCAGGUUCAAACCCCGCUCCAGUCAAUUUCUUUGCUCAACAUUAAAAGAGUCAUUUAUUUCUGACGAUAUUUAGAAGUCAUGUACUCAGGAGUCAUAAUUAUAAUAAUAAAAGAAACAAAAAGUAAGGUAUUUUUAAAAUGCUUUUAUGUUUGUGCGUGAAUCCUCCCAUUUUUUUACGAUGUUCUCAAAUAUUAAGUUUUUAGAACUGUAAUGCUGAGUUUUCAUUCACAAUGUUAAAGUUGUUGAAAUGUACGUCAACUUUGUAAAUUGAAAUAUCUAUCAUUGCCUUUUUAGCAAAAAAAUAAGGACUACUGAUGAAAAAAAAAAUCUACUUUUAUUUGGCAAACUCGACAUCACUAUGGAUGAACGAACUUUGUAAAUUGUUUUAAAAAUACCUCUAUUUCACGAACCUCUCCUAUUUGUAAUGAUUUUUUACUAACGUUCUGACUUGUUCAGAGAAUCAGACUUCGCAUAUAUAUAUUUCUUCCACCGAUCGCAUUUUUUAUGACUUUGCCAUCAGGAGCUGCUAUUUUUAACUAAGAUUUUUCUCUCUCACAAAAUUUUCCCACCGUGGCUUGCAAUUUGUAUUUGCAUUUUCAAAGUAAAUCGGCAAUUCCAGCGUUAAGUCCGUGACAGAGCUUUUAAGAGCUCAGUGAAUAAACCCGAAAAUGUAUUUUUCAGAUCUUAUACAUCCAUCAUCUUGCAAUGGUU